UAAUUAGUUUAGGAUUCCUGUUCUAUCUAGGACUUUUUUUUUUGCAUUAUUUAAGAAACGUAGAAGAGCUGUACUAUUCACUCUUGAUUCUUGAGGAUAAAAUUCAGAGCAUUUUUUCUCAGUUUGUGUAGUUUCUAAAAAGCUUUCGAUAUUAUUUCCUAUUUCCUUUGAUGCCAAAUUGUCCCAAUGGAACCAAUAUCACAGCUUGUUUCAGGGGCUGCUUUGGGAGUUGCCCUUCAACUGCUAAGUGAUUCGAUUAUGUGCGCAGUAACUACAGCCUCCAGCUUCAAAUUUAAGCUACGGCUUCUCCAGACAACCGUCGGGAUCUUGAUCGCAAGAUUCAAAGUUAUCAGAGGAGAACAACAGCAGUUUCCAGGAGCAGAAGCCCAGAGAUUGUGUGAAUUGUUGGCGAGAGGGUGUCAUCUUGUUUCUAAAUGCUCAAGAAUCUCACAAUGGAAUUAUUUCAAGAUGAGAAGAUACGAGAAAAGAAUUGAUGAGCUUGAUGAAUCUCUCAAACAUCUUUUAACGUUGAAUUUUCAGCUUUUGCAAUAUGAGAACAUGCGGAAAAUUUUGACCGGGGUUAAUGAAAUGAGUAAGAAAUUGUUGGAUCAUGGAGAUGAGUUGCCUAAGCCUAGCCAUGUCGUACCUUUAAACGAUCAAGAAAACUCAUGGUACUCUCGGACUUCAAGCCACAGACAGCCAUCAGCGCCCAGAUUUAGAAUGAGUUAUCAAAGAAGCGAAAAGAUUACCAAGUUUGGGUUUAGUUUCUGACAAACUACCUGGGAUUUUACUUUGUUGCAAGUCAAUUACUGUUAAGAUUGUAAAGAAGUAAUUUUU